CCUGGGUCUAUUCAAAGAUUAAUUAAAUAACAGUGUAAGUGAGAAACUAGGAGUCUGAGUUUAGACCUAACAUUUCUCUGGUGCCGAAACCCGGGACCCAAAAAUCCGCCGGUUUGGGACGACGCGGGACCAACGGGACCACUUAGAAUAGAAAUCUGUCGCGACAGUCUCCGCCAUUGCAUCGGGGGGUCCACACCUUGAGUCCGUGUCGGUCCGGACCGUCGGUGACGGGUCCCGCCGAACCAGGGCAGACAUCAAAUAGGUAAGAAAAAUUUUCCUAACACCACAAUUGUGGUCUGAAGUAAUGACCUGAGGCCGUUGGGACGCCAAUGUAAAAAUACUAUUUAACGUACCAAAUAGUAAGCCAGAAUGGGAGCAACGUACCGUUCCCGAGGGUGACAACGUACCGUCACCAGUCAAAAGGUCUAUGAAUGCUAUUUAACGUACCAAAUAGUAAAUAACGGGAGCAACGUACCGUUCCCGAGGGUGACAACGUACCGUCACCAGUGACAACGUACCGUCACUAAAAACAAAAAGUAGUAGGACAUAAUUGUUUGGUGUGUGGAAAAGUGAACAAAUAACUGGAAGAGAUUAAAGGCUGGCACAGAUGUGAGAUAAAGGUUUUUGUGGUUAUGGUAUUGAGUUGUAUGUGAUACGGCAAAGUAGACAAAAUUAAGUACAGUAUAAAUUGUUUCUGAAAAAUGUGAAUUUGGUUGUUAACAAUACUUAGUGUUUGUAUGUAUCAAAUUGAGGAAAACUAAAAACAGGUAGUUGAAUUGUUAAGAGUGUAGGUCUCAGGACCGCGACCUAAAUCAUAUGGUUUCUCUGUUCAAGUGUAUGUAAACGGUAGAAAAGCAUUGUUGUUUUAUUGCUGUUUUGUCACCGUUUUUGCUACUAUUUUACUGCUGUUUUAUCAAUGUUUGAUGCUGAAAUGUUGCUGUUUUAUUAACUGCAUGCUGUUGAGAGAGUGAUAAAGCUGUUUAACCGCCCGUCGAGGCGCAAAUACACGAACAUACACACAUACACUACGACAGUUCAAAGGAGGAAGUGAAGAAUUUAUAUACAUACACACCUCUAGACACAUAUACUGUUAGUAUUAGAAUAAAGGCAAAUAGAGACAGCUAGUAAGAAAGCAGGAAAAUGGGUAAUGCUCAGAGGAAAGCGAUAGAGGGAUUAGACGAUGUUAAGUUUAUGCAACGACAGCAUCCUGGUUUCACGUACAGAUUAGAAGAGUGGGUAAAGAAGUAUGAUUUCAAAGCAAAGCUCUCUGAAUAUGAAGACAUAGUCAGAGUAGAAAAGGAAUUAGGUGAGAAAAGGAAAGGAAAGUUAGCAGGAAACCAAUUGGCCCAAGCAGCAGAAAUCGUGGCCCUUACCGAAGCAUGCAAAUUAUUCAAAGGACAAGAUGUCACGAUCUACACUGACAGCCAAUAUGCCUAUGCAACAACACACACCUUUGCCAAAUUAUGGUCCAGAAGAGGAAUGGAAACAUCAACAGGAAAACCUGUUCAACAUGCUGCACUAUUGACUGAACUGCUAUCUGCAGUCAUGCUGCCCAGAACAUUAGCCAUCUGCAAGUGCAAAGCCCAUACCAAUGGAACAGACCUAAUUUCACAAGGAAAUGCAAAGGCGGAUGCAGCAGCAAAAGCAGCGGCAGGCAACACAAUCUCCCAGACCUAUGUGGUAAAUGACUCCCCAAAAGACAUCAUCCCACGCGACGUCCUAAAAGACAUGCAGGACAAUGCCCCUCCUUCAGAAAUUAGCCGAUGGCUACUAGAAGGCGCACAUCUCAAGGACAAUGAACUCUAUAGAGUGGCAGGCAAAUUGUGUCUGCCAAGAGCACUGUUCCCAGUUGUAGCAAAACUGAGUCAUGGGCGGAGCCAUGUCUCAACACGGGGUAUGGUAUCUAUGGUGGGGGAAACAUUCCACAUAACACAUGGUCUAAUUACCUAUUUCAAAACUUUUUGCAGAAGCUGCCUCACAUGUUGCAGACACAAUACACAGGGUAAUGCUAGGCCAAAACGCGGAAAGACACCACAAGGCACAUAUCCAUUUGAGAUUCGCCCUCCACACCACACAGCCAUCACCAUUAAUGCCACCAACACCGAGUUGUCCGCCCUUCGCUUAAUGACGAUGCAGAACCGGAUGGCCCUAGACCUGUCCCUGGCCGGACAGGGAGGUGUUUGUACCAUCGUGGGCGAAGCCUGCUGCACCUUCAUUCCAGACAACUCAGGAGAGGGAGGUAUAAUAACUAGAGAGCUCACCAAAUUAAUUAAGCUGAGAGAUGAGGUCCAGAACUCUAUGACUCAUGCAGACUUUGAUUGGUGGUCCUGGCUCUCGACUGGGUCCUGGGUAUCCGUCCUCUUCAAAGCCUUUGUACCUGUCCUAGUUGUGCUCGUACUCUUGUGCCUCCUUUGCGGCUGUUUGGUACCUUGUGUCAGGGCCAUGAUCCAGAAGGCGGUCGUUGGCGUUGUCAGGGUCCAAUAUCAGCAGCUGAGCCAACAGGACGGAAAUACCCCAGACCUAUAUCCCAUUCCCGAUUACGAGCCUGAUGACGACAGUUAUGUGUAA